UUGACAAAAAUGUGUAACAUCCAAAAACAUGCGAGUGAUUGAGUGCAAGUGCUGAUUUUUUUUGUUUGUAAUCGGUAUAUAUAAAAGAAAAAAUGAAGAAACGGGCAUUAACCCUAUCACCUUUUAAACAAACUCAGGCACUGGAUUGCAACUAGGAGUAACAUAUAUUGAAUGAUAUAAGAUGGUACAACUAUAUGGAAUUAAUCUAUAUGUAACAAUUAUCUUAGUGUUAGAAAUUUUUCAGACAUCUGGAACGGACUUGCCUCACGAAGCUUGGAAUGAUGUGCGCCUUGCAAAUGGCCGAACACCAUUUGAAGGACGAGUGGAGGUCUAUGUAAAUGGUACAUGGGGGACAGUGUGUGAUGACCACUGGUCAUCAUUUGAUGGUUAUGUCGUUUGCAGACAAUUAGGUUUCAACCGUGAAUUAGAAGUAUUUUCUCAGGCACAAUUUGGUGGAGGUAGUGGACCGAUAUUUCACUCUGAUUUACAAUGUACAAGUAGAGAAAAUAGUCUUGGAGAAUGUCCAGGACUUCACGAUCCCACAAAAAUCAAUUGUUUACAUAGCGAGGAUGCAGGAGUAAAAUGUAUGCCUCCUUUUGAAAACCACGCAUUAAUACCAAUACGGUGCAGGGACAGCCAGUUCAAAUGCCCAAACCAUUCAAAAUGUAUACCCAGAAAAUGGCUGUGUGACGGCAGACACGAUUGUGCGAACGGGGCAGAUGAAUUGCCAUUAUUCUGUAACAGAGAGUGCGGUAUUCAAUUGGUUCCACCAAUAGCACAUAGAAUUGUGGGCGGGAGCGAUGCACAGCCUGGUUCAUGGCCUUGGAUGACAUCAUUAAAAAUAGAAUUUCUAGGUGGGGUAUCAGACAGCCAUUUAUGUGGAGCAACUUUGAUUGAUAAAAAUUGGGUUUUGACAGCUGCGCAUUGUUUUGAUUCAUACUCGCUAAAAUCAUUGUCCUUACGGGUAAUCGUUGGUGACCAAAACAACAUUCAUCCGGAUCCAACAGAAAAAGCUAAUACUGUUCAAAAAGUUUUUAUUCACAGCAAAUAUGUUAGAGAGACACACGAAAAUGACAUAGCAUUGAUUAAACUUACACAUCCUGUAGACACAAGUUCGUCCUAUAUUAAGACAGCGUGCCUUCCAACAUUUGGAGAUGACGAAUUCAAUUCGUCCUCAAAUUGUUACGUAACAGGAUGGGGCGAAACUUUGAAAGGAACAAGAUUGACUGGAACGCUACAACAAGCGAUGGUACCCAUUUUGAACAAAACGUUAUGUAAUAGUUGGUAUAAUCAGUCUGUAUAUGACAACAUGUUAUGCGCCGGGUACCAAUUUGGAGGCAUUGAUGCUUGCAAGGGUGACUCAGGAGGUCCUUUAUCUUGUGAAAGAAAUGGUCGAUGGUACGUUGCAGGAAUAAUCUCAUGGGGAGAAGGGUGUGCGCAGGCGCAACAUCCGGGUGUUUACACAAAUGUUGCUCGGUUUACAUCAUGGAUUGCAAAUGUUUUACAAAGAAACAAUUAUACUAUAAAUGUAUCCGAAAUGGUAGGGUGAAAUAAAACAAAGUGAAAAAUAUUUGUUAAUCUAAACGAUAUUGUUCCAACUAAUUUUACUCUGAAUAUUUGAAAUGUGAGACAUAGUUCCAUUAAAGCAAUAUUGUAACCCCAAUUAAGUAUGCUCAAGUCGUCAAAUGGUAUUGACUAGUGUGAGACAGGUUAAGAAAGUCGUUCCGUAUUUCAGAACAGUGUUGUUUUGGUUUGAAUAUACUUUUUUGGUCCAUCUUAACAGUAUGGUGGCUGAUUUACACCAAGUCGUGUUUUCGCUUCUCUGCCUCCAAAAUGCGAAAUUACGAAUGGGCGAAGUUUCUUCGUGUUUUCGCUUUUUCGGAUUUUCGAGGCGAAAAAGCGAAUAUGCGACAGAAGAAGGGCGACAACACGACAAGUAAAACCUGUCGUCUAUUUGCAUUUCAUCGGUCGUAUUUUCGCUUUUUCGCAUUGUUGUGAUUUCACUUUUUCGCAUUGUUGUAUUUUGACUUUUUCACAUUGUUGUGUUUUCGAUUUUUCGCAUUGGUGUAUUUUUACAUUUUCGUAUUUUUGCCUUUUCGCAUUUUGAGGCGAAGAAGCGAAAACACGACAUGGCGUAAAUCAGCCACCAUAAAAAUUAAUCGGAACGUCCUCGGCUAUUAUAUGUAAUAAACUCGGAGUUAAUACGGAUUGAAAAUA